AUGUUUAUUGGUAUGAAAUCAAGUUCUCAAUUAAGGCAAGAAGCCUUAGAAUACACGUAUAAUGCAAAUACGCCAUUGAAGAUAUAUUUAAAAGUAUGUGUAUCGAUAUUGGAUAAAGCACAAUUGGAAUUUCAGAAAGGUGAUAUAUUUUCAGCAUAUGUACUAUAUUAUCGUUAUGCUGAUCUGAUUGCUAAUAAGUUGUCUGAUCAUUCAGAAUUAGCCUUAGUUGCUGAAAGAGAUCAAACUGUUUUACAUAGAGAAGAAUACUACCAAUUGGUGAAACUUGAGUUACCAGCCGUGCUGAAGAUAGUGGAGGAUCUUCAAAAGAAUAUUGAUCUUGAUUAUAAUAAGAUACAGUUGUCCUUGUCGAAGAAUAUUGCGAAACAGCAGAAAAAACCAAACCAUGUCAGUGAGCCUGUCCUUCUUCCAAAGACAUUUAAUGAAAAUAGAUUUAAUCAAUCGAUCUCAUUCUUUAACAAUAUGAAUUCAAAUAUUACUUUAGAAAACAAAAUGCAUGGCAAUAAUAAUAACAAUACCCAUCAAGAACUUUUAUAUCCUGAAUUGCCAACACUAUCUAACGCAUCAUACAUUUAA